AUCAUUUUGUGCAGACGGAGAAGCUGACCAUUUUAAAUACAGCUCUCUAUAAACAUUGCUCUGUUUAUACUAGAGUCCAAAUAAAUAUAAAGUUUGCAAAAAUAUGUUUUUACAUCUGAAAAAUAUGCUGAAUGCCGCAGCUUUUAGAAACAGCAAGUGCAUUGUCCGCCAUUUUCGGUCAUCAAAUAGCCAUGCACAGUUGAAAGGUCGUGACCUGUUAACACUUAAAAACUAUAGUGCUGAAGAAAUAAAGUAUCUCCUCUGGGUCUCAGCUGAUCUAAAACACAGAAUAAAGGAAAAAAGGGAGUAUGUGCCGCUACUGCAAGGUAAAUCUCUUGCCAUGAUAUUUGAAAAAAGAAGCACCAGAACAAGACUCUCCACUGAGACUGGCUUUGCUUUGCUUGGAGGACAUCCUUGUUUUCUUACAACACAAGAUAUCCAUUUGGGAGUCAAUGAAAGCCUAAAAGACACAGCAAGGGUAUUGUCUGGCAUGACAGAUGCCGUUUUAGCACGAGUUUAUCGUCAAUCUGACUUAGACUUGCUCGCAAAAGAAGCAACGAUCCCAAUAGUAAAUGGAUUGUCAGAUGACUACCACCCCAUCCAGAUCCUAGCCGAUUAUCUUACUAUACAGGAACAUUAUGGCCACCUAAAAGAACUGACUAUAGGUUGGAUUGGUGAUGGAAACAAUGUCCUACAUUCAAUAAUGAUGAGCGCUGCUAAAUGUGGAAUGCACUUGCGCAUUGCAACUCCCAAGGGAUAUGAACCUAACCCCUCUAUAACUGCAAUAGCUGAGCAGUUCUCUAAAGAGUCCGGCACCCAGUUGUUUCUGACAAAUGAUCCCCUGGAGGCUGCUAGUGGAGCCCAUAUUCUAGUUACAGAUACAUGGGUUAGCAUGGGACAAGAAGAGGAAAAGAAGAAACGUCUCCUGGAUUUCACAGGUUACCAGAUUACAAUGCAGACUGGAAAAGUUGCUGCCCCCAAUUGGAUAUUCCUUCAUUGUUUACCAAGAAAGCCUGAAGAAGUUGAUGAUGAGGUUUUCUAUUCUCCAAAAUCCUUGGUUUUUCAAGAAGCAGAAAAUAGGAAGUGGACAAUAAUGGGUGUCAUGGUUUCUUUGCUGACUGAUUACUCUCCGCAGCUGCCAAAGCCUACAUUUUAAUUCCUAAUAGAUGCCAGCAAACAUUUACAACAUCGAAGCUAUCUGAUUUAGAAAACUGAACCUAAUCGUAAACAACCGGAGAAUAAUUCCUCUUUCUGUAAUAUGCAUGACGAUGACAUAAAUAUAGACAUAAAUAGCACUAGGCUCCUGCAUAUUUUUUUAGAUGAUGCAAAAUAUUCUGACUGAAAUGAUGUUAUUUCAUGUAUUUUUAAAGUAAUUCUAUGAAUGAACUGAAAAUAUAUUUAAUUACAAUUUCUCAUUUCCCAAACAAAACUGUUUUUGUAUUAAAGGGACACUGUACCCAAAAAUUUUAUUUUGUGAUUCAGAUAGAGCAUGCAAUUUUAAGCAACUUUCUAAUUUACUCCUAUUAUCAAAUGUUCUUUAUUCACUUGGUAUCUUUAUUUGAAAUGCAAGAAUGUAAGUUUAGAUGCCGGCCCAUUUUUGGUGAACAACCUAGGUUGUCCUUGCUGAUUGGUGGAUAAAUUCAUCCACCAAUCAAAAACUGCUGUCCAGUGUUCUGAACCAAGAAAAAAAUGCUUAGAUGCCUUCUUUUUCAUAUAAAGAUAGCAAGAGAACAAAUAAAAAUUGAUAA